AUGAACGCGAAGAAAAACCAGAUGCAUCCUUUCUCCAUGCAAUAUAGAUAUUCACCAAUUUGCCGAGUUUUGCAUAGGGGGCCCAAAGGUCAGAUUUACGAGCAUCACCAGGAAGAUUUGCGACAUAGAAAGUGGUGGUCAUGUCCUCACGAAGAGGGUCUAACUCCAGAGCUCAAUAACCUCCGGAUUGAUCUAUCUUCAGUACAACUGGUCAAUGGAGCUGACACUUGGGAGUCCUCCUUAGAUAAAGAUGGAGCUUUCAAAGUAUGUUAUCUAAGGUGGAAAGUUAACUGUCAAUCUGGAAUAACUCAAAAUAUUCCCACAAGCAAAUGGAGCAAGGAAGUCUCACUCGAGGUCAACUGUUUCUUGUGGCGAGCAAUUCAACAGAGGAUAGCUUCGAUGGUGGGUCUUAGAGCUAGAGGUAUUGAGGCUCAAACUACUAUGUGUGGUUCAUGCAUAAGUGGAGAAGAAGUUGAUGAUCAUAUUUUGGUAAGGUGUCUGUUUGCCAAAGUUGUGAGGGAUAAAAUCGUCAAUUGGUGCGGCGUACAGAAUCAGUCAUUCAAUAGCAUUGGCGAACUACACAUAUUUACUGCAAAUUGGGGACGAGUCCUAAAAUGA